AUGUCGAUCACUCGCUUGGAAGCUAUCUUUGGAGUUGCAGGACAGUUGAUUGGUUCCGUUUUCUACUGGCUCACAAUCGCAGUCAUAGUCUACUGCUUUCGCCGACGAAUUCCGGUCAACGAUCCCGCCUUCAUACCCUGCGUCGCCAUCUUCGGUUUGAUCAACUUCUUCCACGACUUGUAUCUGAUCGUCAACUACCCUUGGUCCAUCCUUGGGGUGUUCUUGAGACUAUACCUCGUACGCCUCAUCGUCGACUUUCAUGAGUCACGAAUCGCUCAGGCGUCGAUGGUCUCCAUGAUUGCUAUUGCCUACUCCCUGAGAGCUCAUUCAGAGGCUCGAAAUAGUGGGCCGGCCCAAAACGCGAGUAGAGGAACUCCGACCAAUUUCACGUUCAUUGAGUCAUGGGCCUUGAACACGACAUCCUCGAGGACUGCAAGGAGUAUGAGAAGAAUGCUGGUGUUACGAUCGUUUGGAUUUUCGAGUCCAUUCCGUCAAGGAGCGGAUGGUAGUCAAAGCUACACGAGGAAGUAG